AUGAGUAGCGGACCGACGCCGCUGGAUGACCACGAGUAUCCUGUCGUACUGGGCGAGUCGCUCCUCGACGAUGCUCCAAACGAGGAGCAGUCGAGUGGACACCCGAGUGACGACGUCUUUGCGUCGUUUGGCUACGAGUUCCAGCCCGCGUCAGUGGACAAGAGCACGCCUGGACUCGUGAGUGUCGACGCCUCCGGUAGCGUGCAGGUGCUCAUGAGCUCCAGUACUGGAGCGGCUGGAGGCGUGGGUUUCCGUGGGAAGGUACUUGAGCACAAGGAGACCGACUGUAUGCUCUUGUUUGACGGCUCGCAGUUCCGACUUGAGCGCUGUCAGUUUUCCUGCACGCAGCUGCGUCACGUGCGUGUGGCUGCGCCACGUCGACGUGGAACUUGCCAGCGUGAACAAGAACACGGCAGUUGCAAUGAUACUGCUGUAGCUACUGUCACUGGUACUGAGACAAUUCUAGUGCCGGGACGAGAGGGCGCUUCUGUGGCAUCGAUGGUGGAAGCAGUAGCUAUCGUCAAGAAACCGGUCAGGAGAUCUCAGCGACAGGUGUCUGUUGGCACAGCAACCGCGGCAGACGCUGUGAAGCGCCCAAGAGGUCGACCGAAGGGGUCCAUUAAAGUGGCGGCCACGAAAGCUGCUGUUUGUGUCAGCCACACGAAGAAAAGAAGACGCGACGCGUAG